ACACUGUUUAUAGCCGUCGAGAACCGAGGAACGAACGUCGCGUUUUAAAAAACAAAUCCCCAAACGACUCGGACGCGAGAUCCAAGCGACUGGCGAGGAAAAGUUUCCAACUGAAUUUGUAAAUUAUCAAGUGAACUAAACAAAUCAUAAUAUAUAUAUCGCCUUCCCAACACAAAUGUUUUCUGCCAGCAAAAUUGCUUGUUAAGUUAAUGCUGCAUAUAUGACAGGCCCACACGACAUCGACAGCGACUGAGACAAAAUGAGCCGCCAACACCAGCGGCACCACCAGCAGCAUCACCACCUGCCGCCGCACCAGCAACCGCAGCAGCAGAUGCCGCAACAACAGCAGCAGCUGACGGCGCAGCAGCAGCAACAACAGCAGCUGCUGAUGGCGGAGCACGCGGCGGCCGCGGAGGCGGCGGAGCUAUUCGACCUGCUGUGCGUGGCCACAACGAUGCGCCAGAUCCUGGCGCUCCAUCGGGCCAUGUGCGAGGCUGUGGGAUUGAGACCCUCGCCUCUGAACGACUUCUACCCACGGCUAAAGGCCAAGGUGCGUUCGUGGAAGGCGCAGGCCCUGUGGAAGAAGUUCGACGCCAGAGCUGCCCAUAGAGUCUACGGCAAGGGAGCUGCCUGUACUGGCACACGCGUCCUGGUCAUCGGAGCAGGGCCCUGUGGACUGCGCACCGCCAUCGAGGCCCAACUGCUGGGCGCCAAGGUGGUGGUGCUGGAGAAACGCGAUCGCAUCACCCGGAACAAUGUGCUCCAUCUGUGGCCAUUCGUCAUCACGGAUCUGCGCAACUUGGGCGCAAAGAAGUUCUACGGCAAGUUUUGCGCCGGCUCCAUCGAUCACAUCUCCAUUCGGCAGCUGCAGUGCAUGCUGCUCAAGGUGGCGCUGCUCCUGGGCGUAGAGAUCCACGAGGGAGUCAGUUUUGAUCACGCUGUAGAGCCCUCUGGCGAUGGCGGCGGAUGGAGGGCAGCUGUUACUCCCGCAGAUCAUCCUGUAUCUCACUACGAAUUCGAUGUGUUGAUCGGAGCGGAUGGCAAGCGGAAUAUGCUGGACUUUAGGAGGAAGGAGUUCCGCGGGAAGCUGGCCAUCGCUAUUACAGCGAACUUUAUCAACAAGAAGACGGAGGCGGAGGCUAAAGUAGAGGAGAUCAGUGGGGUGGCUUUCAUCUUCAACCAGGCCUUCUUCAAGGAGCUGUACGGGAAGACGGGCAUCGACCUGGAAAACAUCGUCUACUACAAGGACGAGACGCACUACUUCGUGAUGACGGCCAAGAAGCACAGUCUAAUUGACAAGGGCGUUAUUAUCGAGGAUAUGGCCGAUCCCGGCGAGCUUCUCGCCCCAGCCAAUGUGGAUACACAAAAGCUGCACGACUAUGCACGCGAGGCUGCGGAGUUCUCCACCCAAUACCAAAUGCCAAACCUGGAGUUCGCUGUUAAUCACUACGGCAAACCAGAUGUGGCCAUGUUCGACUUCACAUCGAUGUUUGCCGCCGAGAUGUCCUGUCGGGUGAUUGUGCGCAAAGGAGCUCGCCUGAUGCAGUGCCUCGUGGGUGACAGUCUGCUCGAGCCGUUUUGGCCCACUGGAUCGGGUUGUGCCCGUGGAUUCUUAUCCAGCAUGGAUGCUGCCUAUGCCAUCAAGCUUUGGUCCAACCCGCAGAACAGCACACUUGGCGUUCUGGCGCAGCGCGAAAGCAUCUACCGGCUGCUUAACCAGACCACGCCGGACACCCUGCAGCGGGACAUCAGUGCCUAUACCGUGGAUCCGGCCACGCGCUAUCCGAAUCUGAACAGGGAGUCGGUCAAUAGCUGGCAGGUCAAACAUCUGGUCGACACGGACGACCCGUCCAUUCUGGAGCAGACCUUCAUGGACACGCAUGCUCUGCAGACCCCGCAUUUGGACACACCGGGCAGACGCAAGCGACGCAGUGGAGACUUGCUGCCCCAGGGUGCCACGUUGCUGAGAUGGAUAAGUGCCCAGCUGCAUUCCUAUCAGUUUAUUCCCGAACUCAAGGAGGCUUCGGAUGUGUUCCGGAAUGGACGCGUUCUGUGUGCGCUUAUCAAUCGCUAUCGUCCUGAUCUCAUCGACUACGCUGCCACCAAGGACAUGAGUCCCGUGGAGUGCAAUGAGCUGUCAUUCGCCGUCCUAGAGCGCGAACUCCACAUCGAUCGCGUCAUGAGUGCCAAACAGUCGCUGGACUUGACCGAGCUGGAGUCGCGAAUCUGGCUCAACUAUUUGGACCAGAUCUGCGACUUGUUUCGCGGCGAGAUCCCCCAUAUCAAGCACCCCAAGAUGGACUUUAGCGAUUUGCGCCAGAAGUAUCGUAUCAACCAUACGCAUGCCCAACCCGACUUCUCCAAGCUGCUGGCAACGAAACCCAAGGCCAAGUCGCCGAUGCAGGAUGCUGUGGACAUACCCACGACAGUGCAGCGGCGCUCGGUGCUCGAGGAGGAGCGAGCCAAGCGGCAGCGUCGCCACGAGCAGCUUCUUAACAUCGGUGGAGGGGCAGCAGGAGCCGCCGCCGGAGUUGCCGGAAGCGGGACAGGAACCACAACGCAGGGUCAAAACGAUACGCCACGCCGGUCCAAGAAGCGCCGUCAGGUUGACAAAACCGCCAAUAUUGAGGAGCGCCAGCAGCGCUUGCAGGAGAUCGAGGAGAAUCGGCAGGAGCGGAUGAGCAAGCGGCGCCAGCAGCGCUAUCACCAGACGCAGAAUUUCUACAAGAGCCUUCAGCUCCUGCAGGCGGGCAAGCUCUUGAGGGAGGGUGGUGAGGCGGGAGUGGCCGAGGAUGGCACCCCAUUCGAGGACUACUCGAUAUUCCUCUACCGCCAGCAGGCGCCCGUAUUCAAUGAUCGCGUCAAGGACCUCGAGCGAAAGCUUCUGUUUCCCGAUCGCGAACGGGGAGAUAUUCCGUCGGCAUUGCCGCGCACGGCGGACGAGCAGUUCAGCGAUCGGAUUAAAAACAUGGAGCAGCGGAUGACGGGACGUGGUGGCCUUGGUGGUGACAAGAAGCCCAAGGAUCUGAUGCGGGCUAUCGGCAAGAUCGACUCGAACGAUUGGAAUGUACGCGAGAUCGAGAAGAAGAUCGAGCUGUCGAAGAAGACGGAGAUCCACGGGCCUAAGGGCCGCGAGAAGGUUCCCAAGUGGAGCAAGGAGCAGUUCCAGGCGCGACAGCACAAGAUGUCCAAGCCGCAACGCCAGGAUUCGCGUGAGGCGGAAAAGUUCAAGGACAUCGACCAGACUAUCCGCAACUUGGACAAGCAGCUAAAGGAGGGCCACAAUCUGGAUGUGGGCGAGCGGGGACGCAACAAAGUGGCCUCCAUUGCCGGUCAGUUUGGCAAAAAGGAUGAGGCCAAUUCGGAUGAGAAGAACGCGGGCAGCAGCAAUGCCACCACCAACACCAACAACACAGUCAUACCCAAAUCUAGUUCCAAGGUGGCGCUGGCCUUUAAAAAGCAGGCUGCCUCCGAAAAGUGCCGCUUCUGUAAGCAAACCGUCUACCUGAUGGAGAAGACCACCGUGGAGGGAUUGGUUCUGCAUCGCAAUUGCCUUAAGUGCCACCACUGCCACACCAACUUGCGUCUGGGAGGCUACGCCUUUGAUCGGGACGAUCCGCAGGGCCGAUUUUACUGCACCCAACACUUCCGGUUGCCACCCAAACCGCUGCCGCAGCGCACCAACAAAGCCAGGAAAUCCGCUGCCGCUCAACCCGCCUCGCCUGCUGUACCACCAACUGCGGGAUCCGUACCCACUGCAGCUGCCACAUCGGAGCAUAUGGACACCACUCCACCCAGGGACCAGGUGGAUCUACUGGAGACCUCGCGAGCAAAUGCCUCUGCCGAUGCCAUGUCCGAUGAUGAAGCCAAUGUUAUCGAUGAGCACGAAUGGUCUGGUCGCAACUUCUUGCCCGAGUCCAACAACGAUUCCCAAUCAGAGCUAUCCAGUUCAGAUGAAUCGGAUACGGAAUCGGAUUCGGAGAUGUUUGAGGAGGCGGAUGAUUCGCCGUUUGGUGCUCAGACCCUCCAGCUGGCGUCGGAUUGGAUUGGAAAGCAAUACUGUGAGGACAGUGAUGAUUCUGACGAUUUCUACGACUCAAGUGAAGGUAUUGCGGAUGACGGCAAAGAUGACACCGAGGGUGAGGAAUUCAAGAAGGCCCGCGAAUUGAGGCGCCAGGAAGUUCGCCUGCAGCCGUUGCCCGCCAAUCUGCCCACAGAUACGGAGACCGAGAAACUCAAGUUAAACGUAGACAAUAAAGAAAACAUGGCGGACAGAAGCUCUCUGAAAUCGGGCAAUUCCUUUGAGUCCGCGCGCAGCCAGCCGUCUACGCCCCUGUCCACGCCCACUCGUGUCGAGAUGGAGCAACUGGAGCGAAAUGCUCCACGCAAGUUUAGCAGCGAAAUCGAGGCAAUCAGCGAGAAACUUUACCACAUGAACAACAUGGUAAAGAUGAACAAGGACCUCGAGGUGCUGGCCAAGGAAAAUCUGGUCAAGAGCGACAUCCUGCGCAAGCUCACGCUGAAGGAGAAGUGGCUGGCGGAGAAUGCGGCCAUAGCAGCAGGCCAAAAAGUGACUCCGACUCCUAGUGCGACUGCUCCUGGGCUUCAACCCAAGUCGAAGUUCGAUGAAAAGUUCGAAAAGGUAGUGAGUCCACCUCAGCCGGUUGUCGAACCCAAACCCAAGCCCGUAAUCGAUUUCAAUUUGGAUGAGUUAAAACCACGUAAACCGAACUUUGAGGAGCGACCCAAGGAGCAGCUGCCCAGGCCUGAAAGUUUGAAAAAACCUCCACAACAAAAACCGAAGGGCAGCAGCACAAACGUGAGCCGCUCCAACAGCUUGAAGAGUAAUGCCAGCAACGGGAGUCCAAAGGUGAAAAAAGCUCCUAUUUCAAAUAACAGCAAAAUGCAAAUUGAAGGAAUCCUUGGUACCUUGAGAAAGAUUCAGAGCCAGAACAGUAGCGAUCAGGAUGAAGAUAUGGAUGUAGAUGAGGAUGUGGAAAGAAAGCCAAAUAAAGAGCUCAACAGCAAGUUGAAGGAAAUCCAAGCCAGCAGCUUUGCCGGCACAAUGGACCAUAUUAAAUCCCAGCUGACUAUGCCAACGGUUAGUGCGCAGGCACCACCCUCCAUGGAUCUUUCCAAGUACUUUCCCAACCAGAAGCAAGAGAAGAGCUCCACCAGCAGCACAAACAAGAAUCAGGUUACCCUGAAGGAUGUAAAUCUGGCCAAGUACUUCCCCAGCAGUCCAGCUCCACAACGGAGAACCGUGGAAACGGUGGCCGAUCGACUAAAGAAGUCACAGACUGAGGCUGCUCUAGCUAAAACCAAGCUACUGGAGGAUCAGGCCAAUAACCAGGCCGAAAAGACCAAGAAAGAGGUCGAAAAGGAAGGAGAGUCUAAAAAAAUCACGAAAAAGGUGGCAGACUCCAAAGCAGUACCUCCAAAACGGCAGGCCUCGUUAGACACCUUUAGCUUAAGGGAGCACCAAAUGGAUGGAGCAUUAGACCUGACCAAAAAGAAGGGUCCCACCAAAGCGAGCGCUGGUGUUAAAAAACCAGCCAAAUCAGGGAGUACCACAUCCGUGACAAAAGCCACGGCCACAUCCAAAGGAAAGACCAUUAAGAUUGUAAAGAAAAUCGUACCCAAAGGAACCAAAGCUAAAAAGGCAGCAGAAGCGGCCCAAGAAUCCGCAGUAGUAGAGGCUCCGCCAGAAAAGAAACCUCCAAAAGAUGAAGCAGAGCGGAUAUUGGACGAAAUUCUGGGAGAUGGUGAGUAUCGUUCACCCAGCUCCGAGUAUCAGCGCUUGUUCCAGGACGAAAAGUCGCCUAGCGAUUUGUCCGAUAACAUAGAUCGGAUACUCGAGGAAUCCGGGUUGGAUGUGGAAUUGGGUCUGCCAAAACGCAGCAGUAAGAAACUGGUAAAAACCAAAUCCCUGGGCGAGGGUGACUUUGACAUGAAGCCUUCAAAAGAAAGACUUACUGGAGUACAGAACAUCCUUAAGCGAUUUGAGUCAAUGAGUUCAGUCACCUCACAGAACAGUGAUGAACAGGCGGCGUUCAAAUUACGUCGCAUGGAGUCCACCACCAGUAAUCUGAGCAGCUUGACCCGUUCCAGGGAAUCACUUGUCUCCGUCAGCGAUUCAAUGAGUGAUUUGGAGAAAACCAUGGAUUACCUCCGUAAUGAAUGGCGCAAUGAGGCCACCAAUUUUCUGCAAAAGAAGCGUGAUAAAUUCUAUGCCAAAAAGGAGGAGCAAGAAAAGGAGUCUAAAAUUCUGGCUAAACCUGAUCCCUUAGACAAUCUUCCUGUUCAAUAUCGCGACUCCAAGUUGGCCAAGUUCUUUGGCUUGGCCGCUAGCAAGUCACCAGAAAACCGAAAGUCCCCUAUUAAGAAGAAGAAAUCUCCCUCUAAAACGCCAAAGGUGACCAAAGCAAACAAUUCACUGGAGGAGCUGGCCAAGAUUAGUAAUGUUCGCCAGACCAAGAAGGCACAGCCGAAGACUCUAAAGCCUGUAGAAGUAAAACCUUUAAAGCCAGCCAGUCCAGUUCCAGAUGAUUUUGAGAUUCUUGAUCUGCUGGAAAAAGCCACGGAGGCCAAAGAACUGGAACGCUCGAAGACCAAGAGUCCAGCCGUAGAAUCUAUCAGUCAGACGCCCAAAGAAGCUAUAGUAGAAAUUUCCUUACCAGUGGAAGACAUUAAAAAUCUACCCAAAACCGGGUGUGAUAAGUCCUCAAACAGCUCUCGCCGUGGUUCCCAAUCUAGUUUGAUCAUGUCGCGACGACACUCGGAGAUUUCUCUAAACGAGAAACUCAACCAGGACGCACUCGCAGCCUUGAACCAAAUAGAAAAAGAAAGAGAGGCGGAGCAAGUGGACGAACUUUUCCAGAGCAUGGUGGAGGAAAUGGAGCAGGAACCGCAGCCCACAGCUAUUGUCGAACCUCCAGAAGAAGACAUCGAUGCAGAUUCCUUGUGCACAACAAUUAGCAAGAGUCCCAGUGCACAGCCCGUUACGGUGGUCAAACGUGGCAGUUCCGAGGAUCAGAGCAUAGAGAAGCUUUUCAGCCACUUUUCCGACGAGAUGCUGGUGAAUGUGGAGUUUGACUCUAACGAUGAGCUUGUAGGAAUUACACCAAGGGCAACACUCGUUUCCCGAAACACAGAAGAUCGGGACUAUCUGGAUAAACUAGAGUCUUUGGAGCGCGAUGAGGAGACUUUCCAACCGGUUGUUGGGGAAAAAUUCAUACAGGAAAAUGUCCAGGACGAAGUGGACGGAUUGCAUUUCCCAUCACGCCCACAACGGAGACCCAAAAGCAGUUCAUCUUCCAGUGAACCAUCACUUCCUGUGGCUCCUCAAAGGUUGAAAAAAAAGCUAUCGAAAUUAGAUCCGGAGGAUAUGCCUCCUUCUGUACAGGAUCUAUUACAACAGGUUUACCAGAAGAACAUCCAACCUGAAUUAGUGGAAGUAAUUCCAGUUGAAGGCAAACAAACUUUAAGGUUCCCCAGCAUGUUGGCGGAAGAAGAUGUAGACGAAGUGGAUCACUCUAAAGAAGGAAUCAAGAAAAUUGAAACGGCUCCAGAAGAGGUUCGUAAGGUAACCGAGCCGGAGGAUGUUGCUCGGGUAAUUCCAAGUCCAAUCAAACCGUCAAUAAGUCAGAGCAACUCCCUCAAGAGCGAAAAUUCCUCUGGCAGCAGUUUAGUGGAAAUACCAAAAAUAAUUACACCACCCAAGUCGAGUAGCAAGGAAAACUCUUCGGAUUGGGACAUGGAGAAGCUGCCCGCAUCACCCAUGCCACGACGAAGACUUCUGCCAAAUCAAACGCCAUAUAAAGCCCCAAGCGUGGCUAGUAAGGAGAGCUCCUUAGAGUGGGACAUGGAGAAGCUACCCAACAGUCCCAUGUUGCCAAGGAGGAACAAGAUGCGAGCAAUCUCACCUAGUACCAACCCUGUGCAACUUCUCAACAAUUUACCCUCCGAUGUAGAUGACGAGGCGGCACAGAGACGCCUUAUCGAGGAUUUCGAGCAGGAGAGACGUCAGGCUCUGAUCAAGCGGGAUGAGAACUUCGAGGCCAUUGCGGCGGAGCAACGCAGGCGCGACUCCUUACAGAGCAGCAGUAACUCGAGCAGCAAACGCAGUUUACCACCGCCCACGCCGCCCAUGAUGGCAUCGCGACGCGGUACAACUCAAGACACAAAUCGCACCCAGGAUACCGCAUCGCGGCACGAGGGAACGCCGCCCAUGUUCAAGAAGCUGGAUGUCGAUGGCAGCGGUACAUCAAUGGAUUCCACCUCCUGCUCCACGCGGCGCAGUUCGUUUGCAUUUAUAGAGUUACAGGAUAACAAACCAGUGAUUGUGCCCAUGCCCAAGAAACUGAAGUUGCCAAAGCCGGAGCCACCUAGGUUCGUACCCGAGCCAGUGGCCACUGAUGAGCCUGUGCCCGAGGUUUUUCAGGGUCGCGCUUGGCCCAAGACACAGUUGGAAGGAGAGGUCGAUCUAGGCGAUUCGGAUAAUGAAGAUGAAACAGAAAAGCUAAAGAAACAGCUGCCCGAAUACGCUCGUUCGGACUCUCCUCCUUCGGCUGCAUUCAAGAAUCGCAAGUGGCCGGAUGGGAAAACAGUUUUUGAUAAACGAGCCGAAUCUCUUGAGGAGGAAGAUAUCUUCGAAGGAUUACUGUCCCCAAGGAAAAGAGGUUCUCAAAGAUUCAUGGACAAGCCGCGCUCUCAAUCGCCACAGCCUUUCAAACCGCUGGCCAACAGCUCCAGGAAAAGCUCAAAGUCUUUUAGCGACCUUAAGAAAGGACCCUCCUUGCAAUCUCUGUCGGCGCAAUCCAGCCAGGACACGGACACACUGUCCACCACCACAACAGUAGCCACAGCUCGUCCUGCUAGCUAUGCCAACUACGAGGACCCCAUGGAUGCCAGUACCCAAGCUUUGCUGGAUCGAAGCAAACGGUUACACAACCGCAAAAGAGAUUUCGUAAACGAGCGAGUAGUGGAGCGCAACCCCUAUAUGAGGGAUGUGCUUAGGAGCACGGAUCGCCGUGAUUACGACGACGUGGAUGAAGAUCUGACUAGCUACAGGCCAAGACAUUAUGCCAGCUCCACGCUAAAUCGUUUCCCCAACACCACAAUAAGAAAAAGCAACAACUACGAUUACCUCAGUCCCAGCAGUGAUUAUUUGAGCAGGAGAAGCUACAUACCGAGCGCCAGUGCAACCAGCAGUUACUAUCCAUCGACCACGCGUAGCUCCCAUUUGAGUGACCUGUUCCGACGACGCAGCCCCGCCAGCGGAACUGUAUCCGCACUUUCCGGCUACGGCAACAAAGAGUCACGACGCCUCAACUACUAUCUCUACUGAGAGCCAACCCAACGUCAGCGAAACCAACCCCACAAACAGACCCCUGUACCCUGACCAAACCGAUCCGACCCGACCCGAACCCCCAUUCAAGACACUAUAGGUCCCCGAUAAGCAGACCAAGAAUACCCAACCAACCAACCAACCAAUCAACCAUGCUAGACUGCCCGCCCGCCUGUCUGCUCUCGAUGUGCCACGCCUUCAAGUUCAAGUUCAAGUCCAGUCCAAGUCCUCCAAUUAGCCAAUGACUAGAUCGGGCUGGCCUUAGAUCGAGUUGGCCACUUGAUUGAAAGUAAAUGCACCUGGGUACGAUCUACGAAGGUUCAAACCGAGUCCGAGAGCACUUCACCCGACGAAGUGGAGCUCAAUUCUGCCACUGAGAUAUCCACCGACUCUGAGUUUGACAACGAUGAGAUUAUACGCCAGGCGCCCAAAAUCUUCAUCGAUGACACCCAUCUAAGGAAGCCCACCAAGGUUCAGAUCAAGUCCACCAUGAUCGGACCCAAUGCAGCUUCCGCCGGACUCCAUCAGAAGCAGUUGGCGGCGCGUGAGAAGGGCGGCAGCUACCUCCAGAAGUACCAACCACAACCGCCACUGCCACAGUUUAAACCGUUGGUCCAGGUGGAUCCCACCCUGCUCAUUGGCAGCCAGCGCGCUCCUCUUCAGAAUCCACGGCCAGGAGACUACUUGCUAAACAAGACGGCCAGUACGGAGGGUAUCGCCUCAAAAAAGAGCCUGGAGCUAAAAAAGCGCUAUCUGCUGGGUGAGCCGGCCAAUGGCAAUAAGAUCCAGAAGUCCGGAUCCACUUCAGUGCUGGAUUCACGCAUUCGCAGCUUCCAGUCGAACAUAUCGGAGUGCCAGAAGCUUUUGAAUCCCAGCAGCGACAUAAGUGCCGGCAUGCGAACCUUCCUCGAUCGCACAAAGUUGGGCGAAGGCAGCCAGACGACACCCGGACAGACGAACGAACUAAUCCGUUCCGCCACCAGCAAUGUGAUUAACGAUCUGCGCGUGGAGCUUCGGAUACAGAAAACUGGCUCCAGCCACUCCACGGACAACGAGAAGGAAAACGUUUUCGUGAACUGUAAGAACGAGCUGAACAAGGGGAUGGAAUACACGGAUGCGGUCAAUGCCACGCUGCUGGACCAGCUGGCCAGAAAAAGUUCACCCACCACGCCGACGAAUAAGACGGUGGUCGAGGUUAUUGACCUGGUUACACCUGAGAAGCCAAUUGACAUUAUCGAUCUAACGGCACUGGAAACGCCGAAAAAGCAGUUGGUCGAUGGUAGCGCCAUGGAUGUAGAUGAACGCCUCACACCCGAUAGCAACAAAAUCAGCGAACUGCAGCAGGAAGUGAAGGAGGAACCCAAGCCGGAUGUCUCUAGGGAUGUGAAAGAAUGCAUACCAGAUAUACUGGGACACAUUAAGGAGGGAACGGGAUCGAAGGAGCCAGGUGGAGAGGACCAACAGAGCCUGCUGGAGCAGUCGGACGAAGAGAAGCGCGACUCACCGGAAAAGGAUGUGGCCGAACAUGAGCUUUAUGAACCGGACAGUGUGCAGAUCCAGGUGCCCAAUAUCCCAUGGGAAAAAAGCAAGCCGGAGGUCAUGUCUACCACCGGCAGCAGUGGCUCCAUCUGCUCAAGCUCAGACUCUUCUAGUAUUGAAGACAUCCAGCACUACAUUUUGGAGUCCACAACUAGUCCAGAUACUCAGACAGUUGGCGGAAAGCACAAUGUGCCCCGUUUGGAGGUGCACGACACAAGUGGUGCCCUGAUGCAGGUGGACAGCCUGAUGAUUGUGAACGGAAAGUAUAUUGGGGAUCCCGAGGAUGUCAAGUUCUUGGAUAUGCCGGCCAAUGUUAUUGUUCCGCCAGCACCGGCGCUUAAAACGAAUGAGCUGGAUAUGGAGGAUGACCAAGAGGCGGAGGCGGAACCAGUAACUGCUACUCCGGAGCCGGUGGAAUGUACGGUCAUCGAGGCUGAGCGCCGUGUUACUGCUCCCCCUCCUUUGCCAGAGAUGGGUCCACCCAAACUGAAGUUCGAUAGCAAAAAUGAGAACAAGAUCGAGAGCUUGAAGAAUCUUCCGUUGAUCGUAGAGAGCAAUGUGGAGCACAGUCAGGCAGUGAAACCCAUUACUCUUAACUUAAGCAAUCUGGCCAGGACGCCAGAUACACCAACCACGCCCACGGCGCACGAUAGCGAUAAAACACCCACUGGGGAAAUUCUCUCGCGAGGAUCUGACUCAGAAACCGAGCACACUGGCACUGGUCAGGUACUAACGGAGACGGAACUCUCCGACUGGACGGCCGACGACUGUAUCUCGGAGAACUUUGUUGACUUGGAGUUCGCGCUUAACUCUAACAAGGGUACGAUAAAACGGCGCAAGGAUCGACGACGCAGUGGAGCAAGCAAACUUCCCAGUGGCAACGAGGUAAUCCACGAGCUGGCCAGGCAGGCGCCAGUGGUGCAAAUGGAUGGAAUUCUUAGUGCCAUCGACAUUGAUGACAUAGAGUUCAUGGACACGGGUUCGGAGGGUUCUUGUGCUGAAGCUUAUUCCGCAACAAAUACAGCUCUCAUUCAGAAUAGAGGUUACAUGGAGUACAUCGAGGCGGAGCCGAAAAAGACGACCCGCAAGGCAGCUCCACCAUCCAGUUACCCAGGAAAUUUACCGCCUUUAAUGACGAAGCGGGACGAGAAACUGGGCGUUGAUUACAUUGAGCAGGGGGCGUACAUAAUGCACGAUGAUGCAAAGACGCCUGUGAAUGAGGUGGCUCCUGCCAUGACCCAGUCGCUAACUGACUCAAUCACGCUCAAUGAACUGGAUGAUGACAGUAUGAUAAUAUCCCAAACCCAGCCAACGACAACGGAGGAAAGUGAGGCACUGACGGUGGUCACCAGUCCACUUGACACGUCCUCGCCCAGGGUUCUCGAUCAAUUUGCAUCCAUGUUGGCGGCGGGAAAAGGUGACUCCACACCCAGUAGCUCAGAGCAACAACCAAAGACGUCUACGGUGACGAGCAGCAGCACUGGGCCCAACUCCUCGACAACAGGAAACGUCUCGAAGGAGCCGCAGGAGGAGGACCUGCAAAUCCAGUUUGAGUAUGUUCGAGCACUGCAGCAGCGGAUAUCGCAGAUCAGCACCCAACGGCGUAAGAGCUCUAAGGGAGAGGCACCUAACCUGCAGCUAAACAGUAGCGCACCUGUGAUAGAAUCAGCCGAGGAUCCGGCCAAGCCCGCAGAGGAGCCUCUGGUCUCAAUGCGACCGCGGACCACCAGCAUUUCCGGAAAGGUACCGGAGAUACCCACACUUAGCAGCAAGCUGGAAGAGAUAACCAAAGAACGCACUAAGCAAAAGGAUCUGAUUCACGACCUAGUCAUGGACAAGUUGCAGUCGAAGAAGCAGCUAAACGCUGAGAAGCGUCUGCACCGGAGUCGACAGCGCAGUUUGCUGACCAGUGGCUAUGCCAGUGGCUCCAGCCUUAGUCCGACGCCCAAGCUGGCUGCUGCUUGCAGUCCGCAGGAUUCCAACUGCUCUAGCCAAGCGCACUACCACGCCUCCACGGCGGAGGAGGCCCCGAAGCCGCCGGCGGAAAGGCCGUUGCAGAAGUCCGCCACGUCCACCUAUGUGUCGCCUUAUCGCACUGUCCAAGCGCCCACACGUAGUGCUGAUCUCUAUAAGCCGCGCCCCUUCAGCGAACACAUCGAUUCGAACGCUCUGGCGGGUUACAAGCUCGGCAAGACGGCCUCGUUUAAUGGCGGCAAGUUGGGCGACUUUGCGAAACCCAUUGCCCCGGCGAGAGUUAACCGAGGAGGAGGUGUCGCGACCGCGGAUAUAGCCAAUAUUUCCGCGUCGACGGAGAACCUAAGAAGCGAGGCCAGGGCCAGGGCUCGUCUUAAGUCUAACACAGAGCUGGGCCUUAGUCCCGAGGAAAAGAUGCAGCUAAUACGUUCAAGAUUGCACUACGACCAAAACAGAUCUCUGAAGCCGAAGCAACUGGAGGAGAUGCCAUCCGGGGAUCUGGCGGCACGUGCCCGCAAAAUGAGUGCCUCGAAGAGCGUCAAUGAUCUGGCCUACAUGGUGGGACAGCAGCAGCAGCAGCAGGUUGAGAAGGAUGCCGUGCUCCAAGCCAAGGCGGCUGACUUUACAUCCGAUCCCAAUUUGGCGUCCGGUGGUCAGGAGAAGGCAGGCAAAACUAAGUCCGGACGCAGGCCAAAGGAUCCGGAGCGGCGUAAGAGUCUCAUACAGUCGUUGUCCAGCUUCUUCCAAAAGGGAUCUGGAUCCGCGGCCUCCAGUUCCAAGGAGCAGGGCGGCGCUGUGGCUGCCGUCCACUCUGAACAGUCAGAGCGACCAGGCACCAGCAGCAGCGGCACGCCCACAAUAUCGGAUGCGGCGGGUGGAGGCGGAGGAGGAGGUGGCGUCUUCAGCAGAUUCCGCAUCUCGCCCAAGUCCAAGGAGAAGUCAAAGUCUUGCUUUGAUCUGAGGAAUUUCGGUUUUGGUGACAAGGAUAUGCUGGUCUGCAAUGCAGCAUCUCCAGCAGGAGCCACAUCCGCAUCACAGAAAAAUCACUCGCAAGAGUAUCUGAACACCACGAACAACAGUCGCUAUCGAAAGCAAACGAACACUGCGAAACCGAAACCCGAAUCGUUCUCUUCAUCCAGUCCGCAGCUCUAUAUACACAAGCCCCACCACCUGGCCGCAGCUCAUCCCAGUGCCCUGGACGACCAGACACCACCACCCAUACCGCCUCUUCCACUGAAUUAUCAGAGAUCCGAUGAUGAGAGCUACGCUAACGAGACACGAGAGCAUAAGAAGCAACGUGCCAUAUCGAAGGCUUCACGACAAGCUGAGCUCAAGCGAUUGCGAAUCGCUCAAGAGAUUCAGCGGGAACAGGAGGAGAUCGAGGUGCAACUGAAGGAUCUGGAGGCACGCGGCGUGCUUAUUGAGAAGGCCUUGCGAGGCGAGGCGCAGAAUAUUGAAAACCUGGAUGCGACAAAGGACAACGACGAGAAGCUACUUAAGGAACUUUUGGAGAUUUGGCGCAACAUCACAGCACUCAAGAAACGCGAUGAGGAACUGACUAUAAGGCAACAGGAACUGCAACUGGAGUAUCGGCAUGCCCAGCUGAAGGAAGAGCUCAAUCUGCGCUUGUCCUGCAACAAACUGGACAAAAGCUCUGCCGAUGUGGCCGCCGAGGGAGCAAUUCUCAACGAGAUGCUGGAAAUUGUCGCCAAGCGAGCCGCCCUACGACCCACAGCCUCCCAGCUCGACCUCACGGCAGCGGGAUCAGCAUCCACGUCCGCCGAGGCAACGGGCAUUAAGCUGACGGGACAACCGCAUGACCACGAAGAAUCGAUCAUUUGAAUAGCCAACUUUCCCUGGAGAUUGCUGGUCUGCGAAGUGGUGCAUGGACUGUUGAGCCUAAAUACUUAAGAUGAAACAAGGGAACAGGGGAGAGCGUACCAAAAAGGCAGCUGAAUAUACAGAAUUAACAAUACUAAAACCCGUGAGCUGUAACCGAAACGAGCAACUAACUAUUCAAAGUGGAUAAGCUGGCUAAGAACAAUUUCAAUAUUUAUAUAAGUAGAGAGCCUAACUAAUAUGGGAGAAGCGCGCAAGGUUAAUGUAAAAACAGGCAGAGAUGAAAUCAAAACCAAAAAACUAAUUUCGCAAUUUAAAAGUAGGGAUUACGAAUGUUUUUGCGAAUACCUUUAGUUUCGUAUUCGACCUAAUUGUACGUUUUGUUAGUCGUUGCCACUGAAAUCUGUCUGAUUUUUGUAUGUCCUAUGCAAUAUGUUGUGUUUUUAUUUAAUGUAAUGUAGUGAGCGUGUGCAAAGGGUAUGUGAUUUUGAGCAAAUGUAAAUGGUGUAUUUGAGUUUUCUUAGGUUAUUUUCACUUAGCGAUUGUUUGUCGAUUUCUAUGUAAACCGUUUGAGUGUAUUAUUAUUUAUUUGACAAAGCACCUUCCGCACAUCCUCCCGAUCAGCACACCCAUGUAUGUAUUAUGUCAUUUGCCCCCAAUCGAAAUCAAAGUGAACACAAAGAGAUGCACACAAAUAUUUUCUAAAUGCGAGAGCCUACACAUAGCGAUGUAAGCGAGAAAGCAACCAUUAACUGUAUACUAACGAAAUCAUUUAAAUUAUUGCGUAACUUUAUUUAUAACCUGCAUAUAUAAAAACAUAUUUAUCGAAUUUAUUAUGUAACUUUUCGAUUUAUUUUGAAUUGAAUAAAGAUUUUAUGAAACCU